AUGGCAAAAGUAAUCUUCACACCAUGGAAAGACCAGUCGGCAUUACUGGCCGUCCGGUCUCAAUUCUACCCUCCGCUCGCGUCAGAAGGGCCGGACAUGCGGUCCAAAGCCUGCGCCACGGUCGCAGCGUGGAAGUUGAGGGGGAAUUUGCCUCAUACCGUUGAGGCUACGGCUUUGUUAACGGAUGCGAUUUUGCAUGACGAUGCGAGGAAAAAUUCUAUAUUUUCUAUCCGGGCGACGUAUUCGGCUGCGUUUUGUCGGUUUGUAACGGGGCUCGUGGACUCCAAACUGCACGGUCAACGGAAGACCAUGUUUCAGCGAGCGAUUGAUUUGGGAUUGCCGGCUUCGUUUGUAGAGUUACGGCAUGAAGCGACGCAUCGUGAGUUGCCGUCCUUGACUGUGCUCCGGAACGCGGCGCAGCGGUCUCUCGAGUGGCUGUGGGAUUACUACUGGGCCAAGGUUGAUAUGAAUGCCUUUUUCGCACCUGGAGUGGGCGCCAGUGGGAUGGGCGGUGUUGAGGAUGAAGUCGAGCCUGCUAAAGCUGCUGCUAGGGCUUGUCUGGCGCUGGUGACGGGUGAAGCGGGCGUGUCUGAACCGCCGCGGAAGAAGAGGAGGGUUCAGGUUCUGUCUGGUGUUGCGACGCAGUUGGUUUCGGUGUGCAAAAGCUCUAGUAGGGGACCUGCUGCGGUUUCGGGAGUUUUGCUGGAGGAUGGGGUUUUGGUACCUGCUGGGCGGAUGCUCGGAACCUCUUUGGAUGAUGAGUUUGCUAAAUGGGACUAUCUCUUGCGUGUUAUCACUGAGGGAUGCCCUGUUUUCUUGACGGCUCUUACGGAGGUUAUGGCUGAUGGGUUGGCGUUUGCACGAUCAGCUACGAAGGAGAGUGCACAGAGUGAAGGGAUCUAUAUGUGGCUGGACCAUAUUCUAUCCUCGUCACAGUGGGAGUCUAAGAGACGAUUGCUCUCGCUUGCCUAUGUUCUCUCUGUCUGCGAGCAGAACUCGAAUCACUGGACCGAUAUGCUCAAGGUGACGAUACGGAAUGAGGAUAAUGACUGGUCCAGUAUCCCAGCGGACCAAGUGGGCUUGCCUGGGAAGGAUAAGGUUGCACCCCAGAGUCUACAAACGGGGAUGAGUGAUUUAGACAGCUUGAAGAACAUGGGAUGGGAAGUUGUCGAUACAUGGGAAAGUCGGCCGUUAGGCAUAUAUCGUUCUGUUGCAGCGCAAGUGCAAAACAUCCGAGCCAUGCAUAUCCAAUCGAUUCCGAUGUGGACGGGGAAAGGCAAUAACUAUGCCUACUUGGUGACGGAUGAGCCUACCAAGCAGUCUGUGAUUAUUGAUCCGGCUAACCCGCCCGAGGUGGCGCCGGUGCUGGAGCGCCAGAUUAAAAAUGGAAAGAUCGAUUUGACUGCAAUUGUCAAUACUCAUCACCACUGGGAUCACGCCGGAGGAAAUGAUGAAAUGCUCAAAAUCUUCGGCAAACUCGCCGUUAUCGGGGGCAAGGAUUGCCAGUCAGUGACGAAGACUCCUGCACAUGGCGAAACUUUUAAGAUCGGAGAGCGCAUCUCUGUGAAAGUUCUGCAUACGCCUUGCCACACUCAAGAUAGUAUCUGCUAUUUUAUGCAGGAUGGCGAGGACCGGGUUGUCUUCACAGGUGACACUUUGUUCAUUGGAGGAUGCGGUCGCUUCUUCGAAGGUACCGCCCCAGAAAUGCACAAGGCGUUGAAUGAGACGCUUGCCACUUUGCCGGAUGAUACGAAGGUCUUCCCUGGCCACGAGUACACUAAAGCCAAUGUCAAAUUCUGUCUUGCCGUGUCGCAGUCAGAGCCUAUCAAGAAGCUGCAGGCCUUCGCUGAGCAAAACCAGCAGACCCAGGGCAAGUUCACGAUUGGAGAUGAAAAGCUGCACAACGUAUUUAUGCGCGUCAACGACCCCGAGAUCCAGAAAAAGACCGGAAAGACAGACCCCGUAGAGGUGAUGGCCGCUCUGCGGGAGAUGAAGAAUGCUAUGUGA